UUAUUUUCUACAGGAACUAUUUUGGUUCAACGUGCGGCAAGUUGUUCCCCGCUUUUUAUCUACUCCAGCAUCUCUUCAAGAAAUGGGCUUGUUAUCAUUAUUACGAAAACUACGCCCCAGCCCCGAUAAAGAAGCCAGAAUACUGUUACUUGGCCUAGAUAAUGCGGGCAAGACGACAAUUCUGAAGCAAUUGGCAUCCGAAGAAAUUUCUACGGUGACGCCAACAGCUGGUUUCAAUAUAAAAUCCGUGGCGGCCGAUGGUUUUAAACUCAAUGUCUGGGACAUUGGCGGUCAAUGGAAAAUACGGCCGUACUGGAAGAACUACUUUGCGAACACGGAUGUAUUGAUUUACGUAAUUGAUUGCACAGACCGUGAACGGUUGCCCGAAACUGGAAACGAGCUCUUCGAACUGCUCAUGGACAAUCGUCUCAAGCAGGUGCCAUUGUUGGUGUUCGCCAACAAACAGGAUCUGCCAAACGCACUUACCGCGUCUGAGGUAGCCGAAGCGGUGCAAUUAGUGCGUUUAGAGGAGCGCACCUGGCAGAUAAUCGGCUGCUCAGCGGUCGCUGGCACAGGCAUCAAAGAUGGCAUGGAUUGGGUCUGCAAUAAUAUGAAGAAGUGAACUACUCUAUUUAAUUUAUUUAUGUGUGGGUAUGUGUGUGUGCAUGCACUGCAUACGCAUGUUCAGGUAGUAUUUAGGCUAUGAACUCACUUUUGUGCAAGAAAUAGCAGAUAACUCAGCUCUUUAAGUACUCAGAUAAAUGUGUUUGUGUGUAUGUAUUUAAGAAAGUGUCCAAUUAACUGAUAAUUUUAGUUCUUAGAAUACAUUUUAUUUAUAAUCAUUUAACUUUUGAAGUGAGUCUUCAGUGAUAAAAAAAUAAAAUACGUCAAACUCAAUACCAAAAACAAACAAAAAACUCUAACAAAAGCCUGUAAAUCGU